AUGGCGAAUACAACGUUGGUCGCCGCCACUCCUGCUUCCCUUUACGUCGGCGAUCUCCACCCUGACAUCACCGAUGGUAAGCUGUUUGAAAUAUUCUCCGAAUUCAAGAGCCUUACUUCUGUUCGGGUCUGUAGGGACUCCUCUACUGGCAGGUCGCUCUGUUACGGCUACGUUAACUUCGUCUCUCCUCAAGAUGCAAUUCUUGCUAUUGAGGUGAAGAAUCAUUCAAUACUGAAUGGAAAAGCAAUAAGGAUCAUGUGGUCAAAUCGUGAUCCUGAUGCAACUAAAAGUGGCAAAGGGAAUUUGUUUGUUAAGAACCUACAUGAAUCUAUAGAUAAUGUGGGAUUACAAGAUUUGUUUCAAAAGUUUGGUGUUAUUUUGUCCUGCAAAGUUGUCAUGUCUGACGAUGGAAAAAGCAAAGGAUAUGGCUAUGUUCAAUUUCAGUCAGAGGAAUCUGCAAAUUCUGCCAUCGAGAGGAUGAAUGGCUCUACUAUUAAAGACAAGCAAAUCUAUGUUGGAAAGUUUGUCAAAAAAAGUGACCGCAUUUUGCCAAAUCCUGACGCGAAAUAUACAAAUUUAUAUUUCAAGAAUUUAGACCCCAAAAUUACUGAAGAGGUUCUACGGGAAAAGUUCUCGUCUUUUGGGAAAAUUGUCAGCUUAGUUAUCGCGAAGGAUGACAGUGGGAUUCCAAAGGGUUUUGGCUUCGUAAACUUUGAUAACCCAGAUGAUGCCAAACGGGCGAUGGAAGGAAUGAAUGGAUCACAACUUGGUUCAAACAGUCUAUACGUAGCCAGGGCACAAAAGAAGGCCGAGCGUGAGCUUCUUUUGCACCAUCAGUUUGAGGAGAAACGCAAGGAACAAAUCUUAAAAUACAAGGUCUCAAAUGUUUAUGUGAAGAACAUUGAUGAUGACGUAAGUGAUGAAGAACUACGGAAUCUUUUUCGUGCAUGUGGCUCAAUAACAUCUGCAGUAGUCAUGCGAGAUGGCAAAGGUAUAAGCAAGGGGUUUGGUUUUGUCUGCUUCUCCACCCCUGAGGAGGCUAAUAAAGCAGUGAACACCUUUCAUGGAUAUAUGUUUCAUCGCAAACCAUUAUAUGUUGCUAUUGCUCAAAGGAAGGAGGAUAGGCAAGCACAAUUGCAGAUUCAGCAUGCACAGCGAAUGGCAGGACUAUCUGGACCUUCAAUAGCUGUUAUUCCUGGCGGAUAUUCUCCUUAUUAUUAUGCAGCUACCGGCGCCGUUUCACAGGUUCCUUCUCGACCUGGGCUAAUGUAUCAACCUUUGGGGUUGACACAAGGAUGGAGGCCUAACAGCUUUGCACCUCCUACCAGACCAUUUCAACAGCCACUAGUUCCUAUGGUUUCCAAUGCUACAAGGCAAAAUAGGCAAAACAGGGGCAGGAUGAAUGGGCAAACAAUUGCUCAAGGAAAUCUUCACUCUGGUACACAUAUGCCACAAUUGCGUCAGCCUUUUCAGUCGGUGAACUCUUCAAAAGAAUUAAGUACACAACAGCGAGCUGGGCCUACAAAGUAUGUGCCCAGUGGGCGCCAGCCUGAAAUGGAGAAAGCAUCUGGAGUCUCCUCUGUUGGUAGCUCUUCUGUAGUAUCUUCGGGAUCAGAAAUGCUGCAUAGCAUGCUUGCUGCUGCCACUCUAGAGCAGCAGAAACAGAUACUGGGCGAGCAUCUAUACCCUCUAGUCCAUAAACUCAAGCCCGGCUUAGCAGCCAAGAUUACAGGAAUGCUUUUGGAGAUGGACAAUGGAGAAUUGCUGCUUCUCCUAGAGUCUCCAGAGUCUCUUACUGCCAAGGUGGAAGAAGCCGUGCAGGUGCUUAAGAACUCUAAGACCAAAGUUUCUGGCCAGGAUAUACUUCAUCCAAAUUUCCUCUCAGCCGAAGUUGCGGUAAACUGA